AUGUACACUCAUCGUAUUGUGAUAUCACUGAUUUCUUAUCUGAUCACAUUUGUUCUCGCAAUUGAGAAUAAAGCUGAAGCUGCACGGCUUGCUCGCCAUCUAGUUGAGUCUGUCAGGGGUAUUGGUACAAUUUCUACUGUAUUUCCAGAAGGACAUGGAUUACAAGGUCAUCCAUUCUCUUUGGAGGCUUACUACGCACCGUGUUAUAGAAAUGGCAGUCUAACAGUACUUAUGAUGCCAAUUUCGCAAUCAUUUAAUAACAUUCUACACAAUGAAGAUCAUAAUGCUACUAUCUCUGUGAUGCCAUUAGAUGGUACAGCUAGAGCAUCCAACUAUCGCGUUGGAUUGAUAGGACACAUUUCCGAAAUUGAUAAGAGAUCUAGCAAUGGAAUGGGUGAUGAAGGAAGCAGAUUAAGAGAGUGUUACUUGUCCACUCAUCCAGAUAGCGCUAUUUGGGUACCACCUCAUGGCGUACCUCACAAUUCAUACUUUGCUAGAUUUGAUAUUGAUCACGUUUGGUAUACAGGUGGAUUCGGAAAUUCACAUUAUAUAGGAUACAUACCAGAAAGUUUGUAUUCUGUUAGCACAGCUGAGAGUAAUGUAAUUAUUAUAUGAUACAUAGUACAAGAAGCAUAAU